AACUGCUGAACCAUCUCUCCUGGCCAGACUAUUUUCUGCCAUAUUAUAAUUGUAAGUCUUCAAAUAUUUGUGUUCAUUUAUCUAAUUCUGUCUGUUCCUCUAAAAUGAAAUUCAGAUGCAUUCCAAGGGACGGGAUCUUGUAAUUUUAUUCAUUUUUGUAUUCCUGGACUCUAGCACAGUACAAGUAGCAGGUGCUCCAUAAAUGUUUGUUGACUAUUUCUUUGGUUGUUGCAUUUACACUCAUUUCUUCUAUGGUAUUUUAGUUUCUGCCAAUGCACAGGGAGUAGGAGAAAAUUACAGCGCUCCCCUCCUCUUUCUCUGAGUACUGAGGCCGGCAAUUCUGCUCAUUUACUGAGCUCAGGUUUCUCCUAAGAGGCUGUCAAAGACCCAAAGGUGCACGGUAAUUCUAUUAGUAAGAGCGCGAUGGAGGCAAUCAGAGAGCUGUCAGAAAUGUUUUUCAAGGUACAUUCGUAGGGUUCUAGAGCAGCUGAAAUCGCAGACUACUGCAUUACAAUUAGGUGAGAGCAGAGCGUUGAAGUUUUCUUUUGAUAUUAUUUGCAUAACGAACUAAGGCAUCCUACUCGCUCCAGGAAGCGGAGCUCUUGUAGCAGCUCAUCUGCCCAAUGGGGGGCGGCAGCAUCCCAGUAACUCACUCCUUGAAGAUGUGUAGGUGGGAGGAGAGAUUCGCGUUCAAAAGCUUUUUGACUCUACCCACUCUCCGUAGCGCCUUAGCCCGCUCGAGUUUCAAUGCGCGUUGUUGCUGGACGAAGCUGUGUCCUAUACAGCGCUCGCUGCUCGCCUGAUCAUGGCUUCUUCGAGUUCCUUCACCUACUAUUGUCCUCCAUCUUCCUCCCCUGUCUGGUCAGAACCGCUGUAUAGUCUGAGACCUGAGCACGCGCGGGAGCGGUUGCAAGACGACUCAGUGGAAACAGUCACGUCCAUAGAACAGUCCCGAGAUUUAGAAGAAAAAGAAAUGGCCAAAGUAGAAGAACGGAUCCAGGAGGUCUUCAGUUCUUACAAGUUUAACCACCUAGUACCAAGGCUCAUCUUGCAGAGGGAGAAGCACUUCCAUUAUCUGAAAAGAGGCCUUCGACAGCUGACGGAUGCCUACGAGUGUCUGGACGCCAGCCGCCCCUGGCUCUGCUACUGGAUCCUGCACAGCUGGGAACUCCUGGACGAACCCAUCCCCCAAGUAGUGGCUGCAGACGUGUGUCAGUUCCUGGAGCUGUGUCAGAGUCCAGAAGGUGGCUUUGGAGGGGGCCCUGGGCAGUACCCACACCUUGCGCCCACGUAUGCAGCUGUCAAUGCGCUGUGCAUCAUUGCCACGGAAGAAGCCUACAACGUCAUUAACAGAGAGAAACUUCUUCAGUAUUUAUACUCCCUGAAGCAACCCGAUGGCUCUUUUCUCAUGCACGUUGGAGGUGAGGUGGAUGUGAGAAGUGCGUACUGUGCCGCCUCAGUGGCUUCUCUAACCAACAUCAUCACGCCAGACCUCUUUGAAGGCACCGCCGAAUGGAUAGCAAGGUGCCAGAACUGGGAAGGUGGCAUCGGCGGGGUGCCAGGGAUGGAAGCCCACGGCGGCUACACCUUCUGUGGCUUGGCUGCACUGGUAAUCCUCAAGAAGGAACGCUCUUUGAACCUGAAGAGCUUGUUGCAAUGGGUGACAAGCCGGCAGAUGCGAUUUGAAGGAGGAUUUCAGGGCCGCUGCAACAAGCUGGUGGACGGCUGCUACUCCUUCUGGCAGGCAGGGCUCCUGCCCCUGCUGCAUCGCGCACUGCACGCUCAAGGCGACCCUGCCCUCAGCAUGAGCCACUGGAUGUUCCAUCAGCAGGCCCUGCAGGAGUACAUCCUGAUGUGCUGCCAGUGCCCAGCGGGGGGGCUGCUGGACAAACCUGGCAAGUCACGUGACUUCUACCACACUUGCUAUUGCCUGAGUGGCUUGUCCAUCGCCCAGCAUUUCGGAAGCGGAGCCAUGCUGCAUGAUGUGGUCAUGGGUGUGCCUGAAAAUGCUCUGCAGCCCACUCACCCCGUCUACAACAUCGGACCCGACAAGGUGAUCCAGGCCACCACGUACUUUCUGCAGAAGCCAGUCCCAGGCUUUGAAGAAUGUGAGGAUGAGGUGACCUCAGAUCCUGCCACCGACUAGAGGACCCUAUGGCUGCUCCCCCAGCUCCCCCGUCCGACAAGGUUUCUCCAUUUGGGUACAGAGCACACUCUGUGCUUCCGUGAGCCUUGGCCACUGUGGAGUUGUGGUUUCUCUGUCCUUUCCUGUCAAACAAAACAAAGCCAUCAGCUCUGGGUUCAGAAUACACAGUGGUGUGAUUUUUUAAAAUUAUUUUCAUACCUGUCAAAUCAAAACUCCGUGAGCCUGUGCAGUGGGGUUGGAGGAGAGCAAUGCAUGCUGGGAAGCAGGAGCCUCUCCUGGCAGCCAGCAGCCUGGCCCACCAUGCUGAAAUGAGGGUAUCUCCGCAUCCCAGCCCCUGCUGUGACUCCCUCCUGCACACUACCAUUCAGUCGCCUCGGGUAGAAACGUCAGCUCCGUGCUGGCCAGGGUGGGGCUCUGGGUCCUGCCUACGUGAGCUCCCUGGAAAAGAUCACUGGGCUGGAGCAGCGCCUGCUUCUGCUUGUGUCCUUUGCCCAGUCACCUGCAAAGGACAGCGGCUGGGAAUGGAGGAGAACCUUAGGUUGAGUCCCUCCCCUCAACCUGGGAGAACUGAGCCACACAUCUCUCCAAGGCCAUGUUUGGUGUAAGCAAGACUUGUUUUGUCCUAGAUACGACUAGACCCAGGUAACCAAUUAUGAUUGGAAAAUCAACCUCUACGUCAACUCUGUGCCAGAGGAAGCAGCUUCCCCCAGAGCCCAGGCCCUGCCUCUCCCCAUCAUGUACCAGGAGAGGUCCUCCUCCUCCAGGCAGUACUGCAGCCCAGGCUCCUUCCGUUUCCGCCCCCUCCCCCCAGGACAGUGUUGUCUUUGCUCAUCUAGAGUAUUAACACUACUAAGGCUUCACCUUAACUGAAGACUCAGGAUUUAUUCCUGCCCUGCGCACUGCAGGCUCCCUGGAACAGAGUCAAGCGCUGGUGCACUGGCUGCUGUGGGGACAAUGGCCUUGGGCCGUAGGGCAGGCACUGCCAGGGUGCCGGGGUGCCGACUCCUGGAGCUGCCUCUGCACUCGCCCUUUCGGUCGGCAGGGGGCUGAGUUUGGUCAUCUGUCACGGCUUCAGUCACACAGCGAGCUCAUGUGACUGUCCCAGCCUUCAUGUGGACAGGCGGACAGGAGGCUGAGACGCAGCAUGAGGCUCUUCCCCAAAUCACUGGCCAUGUGCCGCCUCUAAUUCCCUGUUGCUUUGGUGUACUGGGCUAUGUAUUACCUCCUUGAAAUAAUAAAAGAGUAACAUUUUCUAUGUUUUUUUUUUCCUUAA